AUGGACAACAACGCCAACGCCACCACCGGCAACCGAGGGCAGCCCCACGCCGCAGCGCAUCACAACGAUGAUCCUCAGGCUCCGGCCACCGUCGUCGCCGCCGCCGCCGCCAACAACAACAACAACAACAACAGCAAUGACCGGCGGCGUCGGUCGAGCGCGCGCAGCCACCGCCCCGCCGUGGGCAGCGCCGCGCCCUCGGACCGCAUCCAGGCCGCCCACUUCCCCGCCAUGACGCCCCUCUCCUGCUUGGACGCGGCGAACCGCACCGAGUCGCUCGCGUCGUCGUCGAGCUUCACAUCGUCCCGCUUCCACGCGCGCAGCCGCGGCGGCGGAUCUCAGCAUGCCAGCAGCGACGCGGGCGAAAUCGAAGAGACCACCGACGACGACGAAGAGGGGGAAGAUGAGUACGGCAGCGAAAACGACGACGAACUUGGAAGCGCCGCAGAGGAGGGCCACGACGAGAGCGGACGCCGCACCGCACCCGCAUACCGCGACGACCACGAUGACCUCGCGGCAUGGCAGCGACCCGUCAUGCACCAGCGCUUCCCCACCAAGCCCGCCGAGGAUGAGGCCAGGGACGAAGUGGGCGAGCUCGGAGCCUUUAGCUACACGCGAGUGCCCCGCCUCUUCCCCUCGCAGCGCGACGUCGCCGCCGCCGGAUCAUCGUCGUUUGCCGGAAGCGAUGUCGAGUCGCAGAGCAUGGUUGACGAGACGCGCAGCAUCUUUAGCGACGUCGCGUCCAUCUUCCACCCCAACGAGUAUCUCGUCGCGCAGCAGCACGCCCAAGAGGUCCAGGCCUAUGAGAACGAGGUGUCGGAGCGCGGCUCCGUCUUUACCGCUGCCGACGCCGACCAAGACUCGCAAUUUGGCGGCGUCGGCGGCGGUGUUGGGGACGGCGACGAGGUCGGUCAGGCAUACCGCAGCCGGCGGCCGUCGACGUCGCUCCUCUCGAUUGCCAGCGCCAAGCCCAGCAUGCGCUCCAACUACGGCGCCAUCGGCCACGGCGCGCCUCCGCCCGCCUCGAUGCGCCAAUACGGCGGCGCCAGCUCGAUCAGCUUCGCCCAGCCGGGCUACGACCGCAUGGACGCCGACGCCAGCGCCAUCACGAUGCGCGAGGCCCUCGUCAGCCACUCGACCAAGCCGGGCACCAACCUCGGCCUAGUCCUCAUCGCCAUCAGCCAAGUGUGCUACUCGACCAUGAACCUCUUUGUCAAGCUGCUCGAGGAUCGCGAGGGCCAAGGGGCGCGCCGCGAGCACCACAGCUCCCAGCCGGCGCUCGGCGCCCUCGAGAUUGUCGGCGUCGAGUGCCUCAUCAUCUGGAUCGGCUGCGUCAUCACCAUGUCCCUCGGCCGCAGCGAGCACAUCCUCCUCGGCCCGCCGGGCACCCGCCUGCUGCUGCUGGCGCGCGGCAUGUUUGGCUUCGGGUCGACGCUGGCCCUCUACAUCUCGCUCCAGACCCUCUCGCUCUCGGACGCCACCGUCAUCACCUUCCUCUCGCCCCUCGCCACCGGCCUCCUGGCCAACCUCGUCCUCGCCGAGCCGUUCACGGCGCGCGAGAAGCUGGCGGGCUUCAUGAGCCUCUGCGGCGUCGUCCUCAUCGCCCGCCCGUCGUUCCUGUUCGGCACGCCCUCGGGCCAGGAGACGGCGCCGCCCUACGACGGCGACAUGCCCGAGGGCGAGCCGGGCAUGGGCGGCGGCGCCGAAGAGGGCGAGGGCGCGCGGCUCGUCGGCAUCUCUGUGGCGCUCCUCGGCGUCUUCCUCAUGGCCGGGGCGUGGGUGUGCCUGCGCCACAUUGGCAAGCGCGCCUCGACCUACCACAGCAUCGCCUACUUUGCCCUCUGCUCGUGGGUCUGCAGCUUCCUCGCCAUGGCCGCGCUGGGCCAGCCCAUGGUGAUGCCCGACUCGAUCCAGUCGAUGCUGCUGCUGACGAGCGUCGGCCUGUUUAGCCUGCUCGCCCAGGUCUUCCAGACGCUCGGCCUGCAGAGGGAGACGGCGGCGCGCGCCGCCACCAUGUCGUAUCUUCAGAUCAUCUUUGCGCUGUUCUGGCAGCUGGCGCUCUUUGGCACGCCGCUCGAGUGGCUCUCGGUGGUGGGCAGCGUGCUGAUCCUCGCCAACGGAGCGUGGGUGGCGCUGGCCAAGAGCCAGGAGGGCGGCGACGAUGCCGUCAUGGCCCAUUGA